GACGGUGAAACGCCCCUACCUAGAAGUAGAAGAUGGACGUCGAACGGAUGUUGGCAUUGCGACUGGCAUAGCUCUCAAUUAGAUUACAGUGCAAGUUUACUCCAAACACGCUGUUAAUAUAAAGCAAAAACAAACUUCUGUUACUGAAUUUUGACAGACCAUUUUCAUUCAUCACCGUCAGUGUCUUUGAUCAACUAGCUAGCUGAUGUUAGCUUGCUUGGUAGCUAACAGUAACGUUAGCUUAUUUUUACGGGUUUAGCUAGUGAGCUAAACUUGUCAAGAAAUUACAUUAUUUAUUGGCAUAGUGAACGGUACCUUGUUGGAUUUGCUUACAGCGAAAUAGUUAUAUUUCACGUUUGAACUAUUAACUAGUCUCAGGCGGCCUUUGCAGUCGGCGCAAGCUGGCCAGCGCAGUAACGUUAGCUACUGUAGUUAGCUAUGGCUUCCAGGCGAGGAAAUUGUAACAGCGGCAUGGAUUCUCCGUUGAAUAGCAAUAGCACAGCCGGUGGUGCUAAUCGUAAACAAAGUAUAAUCAACGCACCAAACCGAGCUGGGACUGAGUCUUGUGAUCGUAAAGUAGAGAAAGCUGAGUAUGCGCACCAAGCAUGCCAGGGCAACAUGACUAUAUCCUCACUCAAGACACGGUUAGCCCCGACCAUUCGAACCACGUUAUCCGCUGCUGUAGAUACCCUCUUGGGCGAGGUAGUACUUGUGCUCAACGAGACCCAACAAGAGCUGGUUAACAAGGAGCAGGAGAACGAAAGGCUCAAAGUGGAAUUGAGGACGUUGCAGGAAUGUCUUAGCAGCGCCCAAAAGUUAAUUGACCAGUUGCAAAUUCCUUUCCCUGGUGCACAGACCAUGGGUCAGUCAGUUUUCGCCCCCUCUCUCACAUCUAUUGGCUCUAUGAACACAAGUAUGGACAGGGACCGCCAGAGCCACCGUAAUGUCAAUGGCGCGGACGGACGGUGUGUUUCCGGAGUCGACCUAGAGAUGAGUGGCUCUCUCAAUGAGUCUCUGCAUGGGUACGACUCCAGGGAUGACUAUAAAAUGUGUCAGCUCUCUAUCCAACCAGACGGCUCUGUGACCAACCAUUCUAUGGACUCUUAUGCUGCCAACACACCUAACAUCUGCUCUGACCACAGCCGGCCAGAUGAGAGAAGGCAGCAGCAGGGGACACGAGCAGGAGGAACAAGAUUUGAGAUCAAAGAAGAGCAGGGGCCUGGUACAAGUUCAGGUCCAGAGCAGGCUUGCAGGAGAGGGCCAGGGCCGAGGAGCGCCGGGGGUGCUGGCGGCAGUGAGCAGACGGCCCAGAAUGUGGGUGAUCUGGGAUAUAUCCAUGUGGUGGAGCAGGAGGGGUCAUUGCGCUCCGGCAGCUACUCUCUUCGACACCCAAAACCCACGAGGCCACGUACUGCCACUGGUGGUCCGACUCAGGGUGGACUGGCAGGACAGAAAGUGGUGUUGAGUUCUCCUGGAACAGUGGGAAGCGACAGCAUAUCCCCAGGGAGGGCGGGAGAGACAGCAGGACCAUCCACCUCUCCAGGAGAUCCAGAUGCAGAUCGGCCCCACCACUGUCUAGAGUGUGGGAAGACCUUCCGCCUCAUCUCCAGCCUGAAGAAGCACAUCCGCAUCCACACAGGAGAGAAGCCCUACCCGUGUGGGGUGUGUGGCCGCCGCUUCCGUGAGUCAGGGGCCCUGAAAACCCAUCUUCGCAUUCACACCGGCGAGAAGCCCUACUCCUGCUCUGAAUGUCCUAAAAUCUUCCGCCAUUUAGACGGCCUGCGCAAGCACCAGCGCACCCACACGGGUGACAAGCCCUAUGUGUGUGCCAUCUGUGGCAAGCGUCUGAGCCGACUGCAGCACCUGAAGCACCACCAGCGCAUCCAUACUGGAGAGAAGCCCUGCAUCUGCCCCUUCUGCAACCGCACCUUCAAGGAGCCAGCGGCGCUGCGCAAGCAUGUCCGCACUCACCGUGAGGAGUCUGGCAACAUGGAGGCAGGCCUGGGAGAGGAGCCGGACCCAGACGCCCUGGACAACAUCAACAGCCUCCAUCCUGCUGCCCCCUCCCCUCAGAUGAGGUUUGAUGAGUGGGGAGCUGAAGGGGACGAUGUGGACUGUGUGUAGGAUGGCCACAUCUUUCUGCCUAGUGCAUUAGGAAUAUGACAGUAAAGAGUCUUCCUAUUCCAUUACUGUACUGUGUGAGGAAGUCUAAAAUUCCAUCCCUGAGAAACAGGCUAUCUACAUCCUUAGUAUUGUCACUUGACCAGGGUAGCCUAUUCAUUUCAGAGACACUUCAUGUGCCUGUCUGACCCCCUGACAUAUACUUUAGUGCAUUAUAAUCUUAGAAAUGUGAAAGUAGUUUAUAGAAUAUGAAAUGUACCCAUGUCUCAUGUCCCCCUUCUCCCAUGCAACUCCACAAACUACCUGGUGUGUAUCAUCAUUGUCUGCUGGAGAUACUCAUCCUUUAAGGUGCUCGUCAUGUGUAUUUUCAUAUGUAAUGGAGUUAUAUGCAACCAUGUCCAAAGACCAUUUUAUAGAAUUGUAACAAUAGUUAGUUUGCUACUAUUAAUGCCACCGCCAUGGUGACAUUAAACGGAGACUCAGCGAUGUGACGUUACCAUGAAGUGCAAUAACUUCAAAAAGAGCGCAAUGCCUUGUUAGCAGUGUUGGGGGAAAAGUACCCAAUUGUAAACGUAAACAUACCUUAACAGACAAUGACUCAAGUGAAAGUCACCCAGUAAAAUACUGGAGUAAAAGUCUAAAAGUAUUCGGUUUUAAAUAUACUUAAGUAUCAACAGUAAAUGUAAUUGCUAAAAUAUACUUACGUAUCAAUUGUAAAAGUAUAAAUUGUCAAAUUCCGUAUAUUAAGCAAACCAGAUGGCACCAUUUUCAUGUUCUAUUAAUUUAUGGAUUACCAGGGGCACACUCCAACACUCAGACAUAAUUUACAAAUGAAUCAUUUGUGUUUAGUGAGUCCGCCAGGUCAGAGGCAGUAGAGAUGACCAGGGAUGUUCUCCCUGGUCCAUUUUCCUGUCCUGCUAAGCAUUCAAAAUGUAACGAGUACUUUUGGGUGUCAGGGAAAAUGUAUGGAGUAAAAAAAUACAUUAUUUUCUUUAGGAAUGUAGUGAAGUAAAAGUGGUCCAGAAUAUGAAUAGUAAAGUACAGCUACCCAACAAAAACCUACUUAGGUAAAAAAUACUUUAAAGUAAAACUUAAGUACUUUACACCACUGCUUGUUAGAACCCACCCACACAGAUAUACUGAUAAACAGCUGCAUAUAUUUGUACCAGCCGGGAGUGUGAUAGCUGUGUGGUAAUGCUGCCCAGAUUAGCUUCUUCCUACUCUCUUCGUCAGAAGUCGAUAUUUGUAGUCACGUCAUAUUGCUGAAUGUACUUUUAACGAUUAAUGCCACCAUGAAAUGUAAAUAUGUAAUCACUUGCAAUUGUUCUAAUUCUUCCUGUUAUUGAUCGGCCCAUUCAGAGAGAAAAUGGAAACCAUCUCUAUCUGAGGGAGUGUUUGUCUGAUGUUUGUCUGAUUAGAACAGAGCACAUUUAGUUUCAGCCUUUUAGCUGUCAAUCUCUGUCCCAGUGUAUUAUCCUAGUAAACUGGUCCAUCUGCAAUUAUGGAAAAUGUCCAUUACUAAUUUAAAUCCCAUCUAAAUAGGUUGACAAUACUGAGAAUAUACAGUAGCAGUCAAAAGUUUGGACACACCUAUUCAUUCAAGGGUUUUUCUAUAUUUUUACUAUUUUCUACAUUGUAGAAUAAUAGUAAAGACAAACUAUGAAAUAACACAUGGAAUCAUGUAGUAACCAAAAAAGUGUUAAACAAAUCAAAAAAUAUUUUAUUUUAGAUUUUUUGAAGUAGCCACCCUUUGUCUUAAUGACAGCCUUGCACACUCUUGGCAUUCUCUCAACCAUGAGGUAGUGACCUGGAAUGCAUUUCAAUUAACAGGUGUGCCUUGUUUAAAGUUCAUUUGUGAAAUUUCUAUCCUUCUGAAUGCAUUUGAGCCACUCAGUUGUGUUGUGACAAGGUAGGGGUGGUAUACAAAAGACAGCCCUAUUUGGUAAAAGACCAAGUCCAUAUUAUGGCAAGAACAGCUCAAAUAAGCAAAGAGAAAUGACAGUCCAUCUGACUGACCUUCAUGUCUUAAUCUGGAAAAUUUCACGAACUUUCAAAGUUUCUUCAAGUGCAGUCGCAAAAACCAUCAAGCACUAAAAUGAAACUGGCUCUCAUGGGGACCGCCACAGGAAAGGAAGACCCAGAGUUACCUCUGCUGCAGAGGAUAAGUUCAAUAGAUUUACCAGCCUCAGGAAUUGCAGCCCAAAUGCUUCAGAGUUCAAGUAACAGACACAUCUCAACAUCAACUGUUCAGAGGUUAUGGUUGAAUUGCUGCACAGAAGCAACUACUAAAGGACACCAAUAAUAGGAAGAGACUUGCUUGGGCCAAGAAACACAAGCAAAUGACAGAGUCCAAAUUUGAGAUUUUUGGUUCCAACUGCCAUGUCUUUUGUGAGACGCGGAGUAGGUGAACAGAUGAUCUCCGCAUGUGUGGUUCCCACCGUGAAGCAUGGAGGAGGUGUGAUGGUGUGUGGGUGCUUUGCUGGUGACACUGUCUGUGAUUUAUUUAGAAUUCAAGGCACACUUAACCAGCAUGGCUACCACAGCAUUCUGCAGCAGUCCCACUAAGCGAAAACCAAAUGGGAUAAUCAUUUGUUUUUCAACAGGACAAUGACCCAACACACCUCCAGGCUGUGUAAGUGCUAUUUGACCAAGAAGGGGAGUGAUGGAGUGCUGCAUCAGAUGACCUGGCCUCCACAAUCACCAGACCUCAACCCAAUUGAGGUGGUUUGGGAUGAGUUGGACCGCAGCGUGAAGCAAAGCAGCCAACAAGUGGUCAGCGUAUGUGGGAACUCUUUCAAGACAGUUGGAAAAGCAUUCCAGGUGAAGCUGGUUGAGAGAAUGCCAAGAGUGUGCAAAGCUGUCAUCAAGAAGGCAAAGGAUGGCUACUUUGAAGAAUAUAAAAUAAAUGUAGUUUUGUUUAACACUUUUUUGGUUACUUUGUGAUUCCAUAUGUGUUAUUUCAUAGUUUUGAUGUCUUCACUAUUAUUCUACAAUGUAGAAAAUAGUAAAAAUAAAGAAAAACCCUUGAAUGUGUAGGUGUGUCCAAACUUUCGACUGGUACUAAACUUUCAAAUGCACAGCUGGAGUUACAUCCAUCAUGCGUAGUGGGUUCUCUGCACCCAAGGCAACAGGGUCAUGUACUGCAUUCAGUGGUUAUUUUUGCACGUCAAUUUUUAACAAAAUGUCCAAUUUUAAAGAACAGGAUUUUGCUAUGACCUGUCCUGUGUUUAAAAUGUAUUUUUGACCCAUGAUGCAUCGUUACUUUGUCUUAAUGUUAUACUAUACUUAUUAAAGGGUCUUUGUUCAUA